ACAAAGAGAGCAGAGGUGCAUGGUAAAACAAACGGAUAGCGAAAAAAGGAAGAGGAAUGACUGAUGUUCUGUAGAACUGUUUUCACCACCGGGGAGUCUCGUCCGUCCGCCGCGCAGCAGGAUGCCUCAGAGGAAGAGGAGUUUAACAUUCGGAGCUUACGGAGGGGUUGACAAGAGCUUCUCCAGGACCAGAACCUUAUGGAAACAAGAUGGAAGGAUUCCUCGUAUCUCUGAUGAAGUAGAGCCCUCAGCAGCACGCUCCCACCCUCCAUUUCCUCUUCCCUCACUUUCAAAGACCUCGGAGCUGUUUGCCAUGGUCGAGCGGCUGCAGGGUUUCAGGAUGGAUGAGCAGAGGUGCCCCCUCCCUCCCCCGCUCAAAACAGAAGAGGACUACAUCCCUUAUCCCAGCGUCCACGAGGUGCUGGGUCGCAGUUUCCCGUUCCCGCUCAUCCUGCUGCCGCAGUUCGGGGGCUACUGGAUCGAGGGGACCAAUCACGAGCCCAGAGAGCCGCCGGAGGCCGAGCAACCCGCCUGCCCCGCGUCCCACGUCAAACUGGAGACGAACAGCACCGCCAAGAUCUACAGGAAGCAAUUCGUGGGCAAGGAGCACUUUAAUUAUUACACCAUGGACGCGGCCCUGGGCCACUUGGUCUUCUCCAUGAAGUACGACGUCAUCGGGGAUCAGGAGCAUCUGCGCUUGAUGCUUCGCACAAGGAUGAGAACCCACCACGAUGUCAUUCCCAUUUCCUGCCUUACCGAGUUCCCCAACGUGAUUCAGAUGGCCAAGCUGGUUUGCGAAGAAGUCAACGUGGACAGGUUCUACCCCGUCCUCUACCCGAAGGCGUCGCGGCUCAUCGUCACCUUCGACGAGCACGUGAUCAGCAACAACUUCAAGUUCGGCGUCAUCUACCAGAAGUUUGGCCAGACUUCGGAGGAGGAGCUGUUCGGGAACAUGGAAGAAAGUCCCGCCUUCGUGGAGUUCCUGGAGUUCCUGGGCCAGAAGAUCGAGCUCCACGACUUCAAAGGGUUUCGGGGCGGGCUGGAUGUCGCUCACGGGCAGACGGGCACGGAAUCCUACUACACAAGUUUCCAUAAUAAGGAGAUCAUGUUCCAUGUGUCCACCAAGCUGCCGUACACAGAGGGAGACUCGCAGCAGCUGCAGAGGAAGAGGCACAUAGGCAACGACAUCGUGGCCGUCGUGUUCCAGGAGGAGAACACGCCCUUUGUGCCGGACAUGAUCCAGUCCAACUUCCUGCACGCGUACGUGGUGGUGCAGGUGGAGAGCGCGUGCACGGAGAACGUCACCUACAAGGUGUCGGUGACAGCGAGGGACGACGUGCCCUUCUUCGGGCCCGCCCUGCCUGACCCCGGCAUCUUCAGAAAGGGCCCCGACUUCCGCGAGUUCCUCUUCACUAAGCUCAUCAAUGCGGAGUACGCCUGCUACAAGGCGGAGAAGUUUGCCAAGCUGGAGGAGCGCACGCGCUCGGCCCUGCUGGAGACUCUGUAUGAGGAGCUGCACAUCAACAGCCAGUCCAUGAUGGGUCUCGGUGGGGACGACGACAAGCUGGAGAACGGAGGCGCCGGCGGAGGUGGAGGCUUCUUUGAAUCCUUCAAGCGGGUCAUCCGCAGCAGGAGCCAGUCCAUGGACGCCAUGGGCCUCAGUAGCAAGAAGUCACACACAGUCUCCACUAGUCACAGUGGCAGCUUUACCCACAAUCCCGCAGAGAGCCCCAAAACCCCGGGGAUUUCAUUGCUUGUCCCGGGGAAAAGUCCCAGUAAAUACGGACGUCGAGGCAGUGCCAUAGGGAUAGGAACAAUAGAAGAGUCAUUGAUCCUUCCUGGGAAGAGCCCGACCAGGAAGAAGUCCGGGCCCUUCAGCUCCCGUCGCAGCAGCGCCAUUGGCAUCGAGAACAUCCAGGAGGUCCAAGAGAGGAGCCGGGAGGUGUCACCCAGCCCCCAGAGGACGUCCGACAGCAGCCACUUGUGGCAGGAGAGUAAAUCGGACAACUCCUCCAAUCACAGCUCCCCAGAGUUUGCCGCCACCAAGAACAGUUUGGCGAUGUGUUACAGGGCGCCGUCCAUCCCCGAGGCGCAGGACCUCUCCCGAUCCUCCUCCAACGCCAGCAGCUUUGCCAGCGUGGUCGAGGAGCACGAGGACGAGCAGGAGGCCGAGGACGAGGACGACACGGGACAGGAGAGUGUGUCUUGUGUCACGCCGCUCAAGAGGGACUCGCUUGUGUACGGCUCCGGCGCGGAGGACACCAGCCAGGCGGGUUUUCCAGCCGCCCGUCCUCCGCAGCGACCGGACGGAGGGAAGACGCCGGAGCCGAGAGGGACGGACGGCCGGCCCGAGACGGAGCGGCCCCCGCAGGAGCAAAAGUCCUCGUCGAGCUGUUAGCUACAACCCAAGUGAUCGCAACAUCAACGUCCAUUGUCAGCAUUCCCAUCAGAGGCAUUUGCCCUCCAA